AUGGGUGCAAGCUUGGAAACGAAGUCAUCAGUUUCGGGCUUCUCCAAGCCCCACAACCGAGUAGACCAUGCGCAGGUCACAUCUGUGCUUCCGGAUGGCGAUGUGCCGUACACGGACCAUGAUAUGGAUGCAGAUGAGAGGGUGAUCACAGCCUUGGGGUAUAAGCAGGAAUUCAAGCGCGAGUUCUCACUUUGGACUACCUUCUGUGUUAGCUUCGCGGUUUUGGGUCUGCUGCCAUCGUUUGCAAGUACACUCUACUAUGGAAUGGGAUAUGCAGGAACGGCAGGUAUGGUCUGGGGUUGGAUAAUCGCCAUGAUCUUCAUUCAAUGCAUUGCAAUGUCUAUGGCGGAGCUAUGCUCAGCAAUGCCCACGAGUGGCGGACUCUACUACGCUGCAGCAGUUCUUGCGCCACCUGGAUACGGACCUUUCGCUGCUUGGAUCACUGGUUGGUCGAACUGGAUUGGUCAGAUUACAGCAGCACCAUCUGUCGACUACGCCUUGAGCGCAAUGAUAUUAGCAGCCGUCUCCAUCAACAACCCAAACUAUGUCCCAACAACAUGGCAGACCUUCCUCCUCACCACACUUAUAAUGAUCCUACAUGCAGGAAUCAGCAGCAUGCCGACAAAACGUGUGGCGCAAUUCAACUCCUGGGGCUCAACAUUCAACUUCAUCGCACUCAUCACCGUACUGAUCCUUAUACCAGCCAACACCAAGAAUACCCCCAAAUUCACAUCAAGCAAAGAGGUCUGGGGCCACAUAACCAACCUAACCGACUUCCCCGACGGCGUCGCCGUCCUAAUGACCUUCGUCGGCGUGAUUUGGACAAUGUCAGGCUACGACUCGCCCUUCCACCUGAGCGAAGAGUGCUCGAAUGCGAACAUCGCCUCCCCACGCGCAAUCGUUCUCACAUCCGGCGUGGGCGGACUAAUGGGCUGGUUCCUACAACUAGUAGUCGCAUACACGGUUCUCGACAUCGAGGCUGUGAUUGAUUCUGAGCUAGGCCAACCCUGGGCUUCGUAUCUGCUACAGGUCAUGCCGCAGAAGACCGCGAUUGCUAUUUUGGGACUCACGAUCGUUUGUGGGUUCUCGAUGGGCCAGGGCUGUAUGGUGGCUGCGUCGAGAGUUACGUAUGCGUACGCGCGUGACGAAUGCUUCCCGUUGUCGAGGUACUGGAAGCAGGUGAAUCCGCGUACGCAGACGCCUGUUAAUGCGGUAAUUUUGAAUGCCGUGCUAGGGAUUCUGAUGUGUUUGCUUAUUCUUGCUGGUGAGGUUGCUAUUGGUGCUCUAUUUUCAAUUGGUGCAAUUGCCCAGUUCUUCGCUUUUGCCAUCCCGAUUACUAUUCGGGUGUUCUUUGUUGGAGACAGAUUCCGCAAGGGUCCCUGGCACCUUGGGCCGUUUGGGCCGUACAUUGGUGGCAUAGGAGUCUCCUUUGUGUUUUUGAUGGUGCCAAUCUUAUGUCUGCCUAGUGUGACCGGGGGGAAUCUGACACCGGAUUUGAUGAACUGGACCUGUCUUGUUUGGGGCGCGCCGAUGCUGGCUGUCACAGUUUGGUGGCUCAUAGAUGCGCAUCGCUGGUUCACUGGCCCCGUGGUCAAUGUCGAGCAUGCAAUUCAUGGCAUCGCGCAAGAGCCCAUCGUCAGCGAGGGGAUUGAGCCUGAGCGGCAAGAAACGGAGACGAGUGCCAUUGCUCGCAAGUCGGAUGAUCCAGAUAACCCUAUCUAA